CCUGCGUCGUUCUCUCUCCUUUCCUUUUCCGCGCUGCGGCUGCAGCCAUGAGUAUGCUCAGGCUUCAAAAGAGGCUUGCCUCUAGUGUCCUUCGAUGUGGAAAGAAGAAGGUAUGGCUUGACCCCAACGAGACCAAUGAAAUUGCCAAUGCUAAUUCCCGUCAGCAAAUACGGAAGCUGAUUAAAGAUGGGCUUAUCAUCCGGAAGCCUGUUACUGUCCAUUCUCGGGCCCGAUGCCGGAAAAAUACUCUGGCUCGGCGGAAGGGGAGGCACAUGGGUAUUGGUAAGAGAAAGGGUACUGCCAAUGCCCGUAUGCCUGAGAAGGUGACCUGGAUGAGAAGAAUGAGGAUUCUGCGCCGUCUACUCCGAAGAUACCGUGAAUCCAAAAAGAUUGACCGACAUAUGUACCACAGCCUGUAUUUGAAGGUGAAGGGAAAUGUGUUCAAGAACAAGCGGAUCCUCAUGGAGCACAUUCAUAAACUGAAGGCAGAUAAGGCCCGGAAGAAGCUCCUGGCUGACCAGGCUGAAGCUCGUCGAUCCAAGACUAAGGAAGCAAGAAAGCGCCGCGAAGAACGUCUACAGGCUAAGAAAGAGGAGAUCAUCAAGACUUUGUCCAAGGAAGAGGAGACCAAGAAAUGAUUCUCCUCUAUCUCCUCUGUAUAUAGUACCCUUCUAUUUGGCUCAUACAAUAAAAAAAAUCGGUCAGUCUA